AAUUGAAGUUUAGUUUUGAUUGCAGUACAUGGAAGGAAGGAUGUUGAGGAUUAUUAAAGUGAUUAUUCUCGUCCUUGGGUGUUUACUGCCUCAGCUUGAGGCUCUUAGCAGGUCUGGACGUGUUGUCCUGCCUGACCCGCGUCGAAAGGGUAGAUUUUACAUGACAGACUGCGGGUCGCCAAACACUUUAGGGAAAAUAUGUUAUACUAAGCCAUGGAAAUCAACUUGCAUCAAAACGGAAUACAUGACAGCAUGCAUGGACACAAAAUCAAUGGUUGACAGAAGAUUAAACACAUAUUGUGGAGACAAAGAUACGGCUGGUCGUAAAUGCCUUUUGGGUGGAUUUUGCCAUGAAAUUGGGAAAGCUAACUAUCAGUGCAUGCCAUGGGCUGUUAAACCUGCGGCUAAAAGUACAACACCCAAACCUUCAACAGGACCAACUCCUGAUCCAAAUAAUCUUCCAAGGCCAGGCUGGGUUCUUGUAAAAGUAAGCGGUCGUCCUACCAAACUUCAAUGUGGAGAGCCUGGUUCCAAUGGUGCUGAAUGUGUACAAAAUGAAUCUGGUAGAAUUUGCAGAAUAACGGCUGAUCAGAGCGCAUGUGUUUAUGAAAGAUCAUCUUUGAUAAAGCCGAAUUUACAUUGUGGUGACAAAGGCACCCUAGGACAAACAUGCAUAAAUAAAGGAGUUUGCUCUAUAUACGGAAAGAAACAUUAUUACUGUUUAGCUCCACCCAUAGUGGAUCGUCCUGACCUUAGUCUGCUUCCAAGGACUGGAAUGGUAGCACUUGUAUUAGGUGGUAGACCAGCUAGGAUUGAUUGUGGAAAACCUGGAACCAAUGGACUUAAAUGUUUGGAAAGCGGACGAACCUGCAGAAUAACGGCUGGCAUGUCUGCGUGUGUAAUUGAAUCUGCAACAAUAAUAAAACCGAAUUUAUAUUGCGGUGACAAGGACACCCUUGGUCAAAAAUGCUUAAAUGUAAGACAAUUACAUUUUAUUUUUAUGGGAAAAGAGAUGUUUUAUGUUUUUUAACCCU